GAAUACAUAGCAAUAUGAAGUAUUUCUUAUACACCGUUGUCUUGUUGCUUUUUUUACAAGCAUUUAAUUGCUACGGGCGAUUGUCAAACGGGUCUUCGACCGUAAACCCCGAUACAUGCCGACCAAUUAAUUUCAAUUGCGGCGGCGAGGAAUCUGAAAAUAGAAGAAAUAUCAGACCACAGUCCGGUUCGCCUGGCAAACGUGGAAUACAAGGUCCAGAAGGACCAGCUGGACCGCCUGGAGCAUCGGGGCCAAAAGGCGAACCGGGGAAUGAAGUUGAUAAAACGCUGAUGCAAAUGGAUAUUCUACAAAUGUUUGGAGCAGUGAGUUGUGAAGAACUGCGGACAAAACAUCAUGUGACUCGUUCUGGGCAUUAUUGGAUGCGAUCGAAAGACGUCGAGUGGCCAGUUUAUGUCUUCUGCGACUUUCAGUAUCGCGAAGGAAAUAGAACUUGCCGAGAUCUCCCUUUUGAUUCCGAGAAUUUGGAAUCUGGAUAUUAUUUGGCAAAACGUAAUGAAACAUCUGAGGCGGAAUUUAUGUAUUGCGACUUCAAGAUUCACGAGGUGUCUUCUUGCGACCAACUCAAAACCACACUCAAGGUGAAGCAACCAGGCUACUAUCGGAUGAGAUCAAGCGUUUCUACUCAGCCAACUUUUGAGUAUUGUGACAUCAUUGAGCGUGAAGAUGUCUCUACAUGUUACGGUCUCCGUAAAAAAUACGGUCUUCAUGAAGCAACGACAUAUACUUUGAAAUCAUCGCCUACAAGUCAACCAUUCAAACUAUUUUGCAAUUUAUCUUCAGAUAAAGUGGUUACCGAAGUAUCUCAUAAUAUUGAGAACGAAAUAAAGAAUCCUAACAGGUGUGAGCCUGGAGGAUGCUACUCGGCAGCACCAGCGUACAACCUAGGAAAUGAACAUAUUGUUGAAAUUAUCGCAAGUUCAAGAGAAUGUCGUCAAUAUAUAAAAGUUAGAUGUACAGGGAUAAUCUUUUUAAAUGAAGGUUACGCAUGGUGGGUUUCGCGAGAUGGAGAUAAAAUGAACUAUUGGGGAGGAGCAACAUCUGGACGAGAUAAAUACUGUGCUUGCGGUGAAACAAACUCCUGCAUCGUGCAAAGUUACAAAUGCAACUGUGAUUCAAAUGAUAACAAUAUACUCACGGAAGACGGAGGCUACCUAACAGAUAAGUCAAAGCUACCGGUAAAAGAAAUAAGACUAGGAGAUCAGGAUGACGCUGGAGAGCAAGCUUGGCACACACUUGGAAAACUGGAGUGCUUUGGAGAAGCUUGACUACCAACAACGAAACACACAGCAUGUGAAAGUUUUAUUUUAAUAUUUUGUACAAAAUUUGAACCAAUAAAAUGAUAAUUCAAGCAAAAUAAACUUGCGUCAUUAUUAUGGUUGAC